CUCCUCCAUCCCUUACAAGCAAAAACCCUAGCUAGCUGAAAUAGAAAACACGGUUCUCGCUCGCCUCUUCCUAUUUUCUCUUCGCAUACAAGAAGAAAUCUGAAAAUCAGUGAUGUUGAAGGUUAAAACCCCGAAGUACGGAAGAGUCAAGCGAGAGCUUGAAAAACGAGAACCAAAACUUGUUGAGUUGGCGAAGAAGACACUGAUACUACAAGGAACAAAAACAAGCAAUGUUUUGAAUACUGUAUUGAGUGAAAUAUAUCAUCUCAAGAGAGAUAACGCAAUUCGAUAUACGCGUAAGAAUGACAGUAUAAGGCCUUUUGAGUCCGGUGGCGAAACUUCUUUGGAGUUCUUUUCUAUGAAAACCGAUUGCAGUAUCUUUGUGUAUGGUUCCACUUCAAAGAAACGUCCUGACAAUCUUGUCAUAGGGCGAACAUAUGACCACCACAUAUAUGAUCUUAUAGAAGUUGGGGUUGAAAAUUUUAAACGAAUGGAUUCCUUCACUUAUGAUAAGAAACUAGCUCCGCAAGCAGGAUCAAAACCUUUCAUUGUUUUUAGUGGAGAAGCAUUUGAGAGUGUAGAUGAGUUGAAACAUCUGAAGGAGGUUUUGCUUGAGCUCUUAAGGGGAGAGGUUGUGGAUAAUUUGAAUCUUGCUGGGUUGGGCCGUGUUUAUGUAUGUACAGCUAUAUCUUCAAAUCGGGUGUUCCUCACUCACUGUGCAAUGCGGCUAAAAAAGUCUGGCACAAUAGUCCCAAGGAUAGAACUGGUAGAAAUUGGCCCUUCCAUGGAUUUUGUAGUUCGUCGUCAUCGUCUUCCUAAUGAAAGCUUAAAGAAAGAAGCCAUGAAAUCUGCUAAAGAUAAGCUUCAUAAGAAGAUUAAAAAUGUUAGUAAAGAUGCUCUACAAGGGAAGCUUGGAAAGAUUUAUGUACCUGAUCAAAAGGUUGGAGAGAUGGCGCUACCUAACAAAGCUAAAGGAGUGAAGAGAGAGCGCCGUGAAGCUAAAAUGAAGAACUCAAAUAAUGAGCGCGCAUCAAAAAAGCAGAAAGAAGAUUCUUAGAUAAAUACUUCGACUCCCAGGCUGCUGCUGUAUUUAACUUUAUGUUACGUGAAGAGAGUGUCGCCAAGAUGGAAGAACUAAAAUAUUGAACCUGAGUUUCUUAGAUAAUUAUUUCGACUCCAAGCUGCCGCAUUUAACUUUAUGUUUUUUCUUUGUUGGGGAAGGAGAGGGUAACUGCAUUCUGAUCUAGUAGAAAUCAAAUGCGGCAGAUAGAAGGAGCAAAUAUAUUCUCUCUUACUAUUUCCAUAUAGACUUGUAUGCUUAUGAGAUUUUGGGUAUUUUCCGCAGCAAAUUAUAUUGCUUUCAGUUGCAGAUGUCAAAA